CGCACCGAGGGUGCGCAGGCGGCGCCCGCCGUUUACGACAGGCCGGAAAGCAGCGGCCACAGACAACGCCGCCGGCCCGGGCCACUAUGGGGAAAAUCGCGCUGCAGCUCAAAGCCACGCUGGAGAAUGUCACCAACCUCCGGCCGGUGGGCGAGGACUUCCGGUGGUACCUGAGGAUGAAAUGUGGCAACUGUGGCGAGAUUUCUGAGAAGUGGCAAUAUAUUCGGCUGAUGGAUAGCGUGGCACUGAAGGGAGGCCGUGGCAGCGCCUCUAUGAUCCAGAAGUGCAAGCUGUGUUCAAGGGAAAACUCCAUCGACAUUUUGAGCAGCACCAUCAAAUCUUACAAUGCUGAAGACAAUGAGAAAUUCAAGACGAUAGUAGAGUUUGAGUGCCGAGGACUUGAACCGGUUGAUUUCCAGCCCCAGGCCGGGUUUGCUGCCGAGGGUGUGGAAUCGGGGACAGUCUUCAGUGACAUUAAUCUGCAGGAGAAGGACUGGACUGACUAUGACGAAAAGGCUCAGGAGUCUGUGGGAAUCUACGAAGUCACCCACCAGUUUGUGAAGUGCUGAACCCUCCUCCCAUACACUUGCCUCUAGGAACUGAAAAGGGACAAUGUGCCCCAAGUAGCAGAGGCUGGUCCCUUCAACCCUUAUCCCCUGGCAGCUGUCCAGGCCCUCACAGCCUGCAGGCUGGGCUCUGCCACAGCUUCCCGAUCCCUACCAAUAAAGCUCCUGUUUGUGCUACA